AGAAGAAGAUAGUGGUAUGUACAGUUGUACAGCAAGUAACAGAUCUGGUACAGCGGAGAGUUUGGCGGAUUUAGCUGUUCGCAGGAAAAAUCUUUCUCCUGUAUUUUUGAAAAGGUUGCAGUCCCAGACACUGUUGGUUGGACAUAAACUCCGUAUGGAGGUUGAGAUUGGAGGAACUCCUGCCCCUUCAGUCACUUGGUUAUUUAAUAAUACUACCCUUCAACCUUCAGAUAGAAUUCAGAUGUGUCAUGAAGGGCUCAUAUACUCCAUCAGCAUCAAAGAUAUCCAGGAGGCAGACAGUGGAACCUACAGUGUGAAAGCAGUAAACUCUGCUGGAGAAACUGUUUCUGCUGCAGAUAUUGCAGUCUUCCAAGAUGAGGAAGCACCUCCUAGACCUCCAGAACCUAAGAUGGAGGAGCUAACAGAAUCUGAUCAAGGAUUCUCCAGGUCUGUGUCACCUCGUCCUCGUUCCUCAACUUCAGUUCGAGAAAUUGGUUCAGAAACAUCUACGCUAAGAACCUUAGCAGCUCACCGAAGACACCAAAGACCUCUGCCUGACCUUCUGCCUUUUCCCUUCCAUGCUGAGCCUAGCACCUCUAUGCCAAGAAAAAAUGCUGGGAAGGUCCCUAAGCCAUCAAAGUUCAUCAAAGGAGAAAUGUAUCAUUCUGAUUAUGAAAGUGAUUAUGAAUCUCGAAUACCAGUCAUCUGGAAACCAUGCCAUAGUGACUCAGAAGAAAAGGAUUUCAAUUUCCGAAGGGUUCAGCCUAUCAUUCAACAUCCUCGAGCAAAACCAGAACGUAAACCGUCUCCACCAUGCCCACACAGAUGGGAGACCCAUGAUGAGGUAGACCAGUUGGAGAAGGAGCUUAAGACUAAGAAGAGCAUCAGUGCAAGGACCAUUAGAAUGGAGAAACUUAGCCAAGAGUUGGAAAAUAAGACGACUGAAACCACAUUUACAUCGCAAAAAAGAGAGAGUCACCAGAACAAGGAGUUGCCUACAACUGAGCAGAAGAGCAAGAACAAGGAAGAGAUACUUAAAAUGAACAAUGAAAAUCUCCAAAAUCAGAAAAGAAGUGCAAAUGUUCCAAAAUUAUCAGAAAAUUCAAGAUUUUUGGAUCAAAAAUCUCCCGUCUACAAAAAGUUCUCAUAUAACAUUACUAAUCAUGUAAACAAACAGGUUACUGAACAAGUUACUGAAGAAGUGAGACAAUGGGCUUCCCAAAUAUACAGUUCAGAGCGCAAGAUAGAUCAACAAAAAAAGAAAGAGGAAACUGAUAAGGUCUAUUAUGAAGCUACCACCAAGCACUCCAGCAUUAUCAAAUCUCCUGCUAUUGUCCUUGAAGCUUGUAGAUCCAUGAUGUCUACGCCCUCUGAAGCCACUGAAAGAACAACGCCCCCACCCAUUCCUCCAAAGCAAAAGACAAGCGCCCUUUCACCUUCGCCUGUCAGAGGUGUUCUCUCCCCAAGUAAAAGUGCUGAGUCUGAGACAUCACAAUCAACUGUACAGACCACAAUUCAGUCUACAGAGUAUAUCAGGGUUCGAGAGAAAGUGAAACAUUUUGAGCAGAAAGUUGAGGAAGACAUGAUUAGACAAUCUUUAGAGGACUAUUCUGAUUACUCAGGCAGCAUACGUCCUGAAACUAUACCUGGAGCUGUAAGGAUUCUACCAACACCCACCCCACCAGGAUCAAGACCUGGCUCCAGAGCAACAUCAAGGAAAAAUUCCUUUGCCCGAAGUUCCUCCACAGAACCUGGAAGGGGAAGUCUAUGGAGUCCAAUAACUACUUGCAGGUCAUUGCAGCAGUCUCCAUGCUUUAGCAGGAGGUUAAGUGAGCAACCACCUCCUAUGUAUAGACCUCCAGAUACCAGUACAGAUACUGAGUCAGUUUCUAGACUUAGAGAUAUCUCAUAUAAGGUUUCCUCUGGGUUAGAAACAUCAUCAACUUGUUCUACCUUGGAGUAUUCAAACAGGGGCAGAUCCUCAAAAACGUAUUACAGGUCUGAAUCUGGGUUAAGUGAGGAUGACCCACCAGCUCGACCCCCUCCUCCAAUACAAGUGUAUAAAAGUGAUACCUGCUCCAGCUUUAGAACCACCACUAUCACUAGUCCACCACCACUAGAGUCUGUAAGCUUUGGUGAAAGAGAUACUACAGUUGAGCCUUGGUCUGGGGAGGAGUUGAAAUCUCCUGGACUCCACCUUGGAUUCCGGGGUCAACCUGACUACACAGAUGAUGAUACGGAUCUUGAUCAGAAUCUUGGAGAUACAGGGUUUAUGGAAGAUGAGGAUAAUAUGGAAAAAGUUAGAAAGCUAGAAAAAAGCAGGUCUCCGAAACUCAGCAAAUCACCAAAACUAGAAGCAAGCAGAUCGCCAAAGCUUGAAAAAAGCCGAUCACCAAAGCUAGCCAAGCAGAGUUUCUCCAUGGAUGGUUAUGAGGCAGACACAGAAACCUUAUCAAGGCGAGGGACCAUAUCUACCAGUGCCACAACAAAUCAUGGUACUUCUCAUCAUAAUAUCUUUGAGACUGCCAGCAGCCAACAAUCUGUUGAAAACGCCACUGUAAACAAUAUUACAAUUUCCAGCUUAUCUGAAACUAUCACUAAGUUCUCAGAAACUAAAUCAAUAGAAUCAACAACGUCAACAUCAAACACAAAUCUGAAAAGAAGAGGAUCUGUCAAACAACUAGCUGCAAAAUUUCAAGAGUAUGAGCAAGCUAGUUCUUCCCAAAUACCCAGACCAAGAACUCCUUCUGAAUCAGGAUUCACUGUGUCCACAGCCUACAUAGCUCCCAAAUGGCAACUCAGUCCUCAAGCUCUAGAAAAAGGGGAGAAGAAAACAGGUGAAGAGUUGUCUAGAUUGGAACAGCAAACCAUAUCUAGUCACCAGAUGGAUAACUUCCAAUCCAGGAGCACAAGCAGUCACCAAUACUUAGAAACCAGGAACCAUUCUGUGGAAUCUAGAAACUUUGAGUCAUCUGAAACCAAAUCGAUCAAUCAUUCACAAAUGUGUGGGGCUGCCGCCUCCCUUCAAUAUAUGCAAGGACGAACAACUCCAGUUAUCUUCAAGCCAUCAAAAUUUGUGCCAGGAGUAAAAAGCGAGUUCAAACAAGAAAAAAUUGGGAUUUUAGCAGCUGAUUCAACAGCUGAUCAUAAAAUAAAAACAAAAUGGACGCCCCCAGCAGCAUCCAAUUGAGUCAGCUGACAUUGACUUUGAUAAAUGGUUAUUCACAAAGAAUGAUCAUUAAAUCUAAUAAUGGUUGUGCAACGAAAUAAAGUUAAAUUACUUUCAACAUAUUCAAAUAAUUUCAAAUAAAAAUAAAAAUGCAAGCAAUCUGUAAAGUCGACUCAUCCUUUAUUGGUUACCCUGUAAAUAUUUGUAUCAGAGAUACAGUGGGAUUCAAGAAAAUAAACAAUUGUGCAGUGUUCACUGUACAUAGACAAUUUAAUUUAACAAGUUUAAAGCUACUGAUUAAACCUUUUGGUUUUAACAGCGUUAAAUACACUAAGAAAUUUGCUAAUAUAGUGUUUCCCUAAUUUAUCAUUUUUCUGGUUCUCACUGUAUGUAAAUAUUUAAUGUCUAUUUAUUGUAUUAAAAGUGUGAUAUUGACUAAUCAAUUUUUGUAUUCUCAACUUUUUUGAUAAUUUCAAGUAUAAAUUUUUGUGAGAAUAAACGUAUAAAAAAUAA